AUGGAGGUUCAUCCCGGUCUUAUAUUUUUUGUUCUCGUUGUCGUCGUUCCGCUACAGUAUUAUUUAUCUCCGUCAUCGAGCUCAGAUAUGAAAUAUUAUGUACAGCGGUUGACGGAUUCCAUCAUUCAAUUUACUGAAAGAUUUGGUGUACAUCUUCCAUUUGUCUCCCUGAGAUACGACGUGAAAAGGGUAUCGGAUGCAGCUCCUGAUGGCGAUGAUGGAGUUAGUGAGAAUGAUCGUGCUGAUUCCGCGUCGUAUGGAAGUUCACUACGUGUUCGAGAACGUGCUCCUCACGUACAGUGGAGAGUAGGCCAGGUCAUCAAGCACAAGUGGCCUGUAUCUUUCUCCGUUACCCCAGACUUCGUGCCUUUCAUAAUGUUGCAAGAAAACGGCCCCAGUUAUUUGUGGACCGCUUGCAUAUCCCUCAAAUCAAUCGCUAACCCAAGUCCCGAAAACUAUCGUUCUGUCAGCAUAACAUCCUUGUUUUGCGGGCUGUUUGAGAAAGUGCUAAAAAACCAUAUCAACCGUCAUCUCGAUUAUAUCAUCUCCAGUUAUCAACAUAGAUUUGUUUCUGGUGGCUCUGUGUAA